CUGUUUUCCCUUCUACGACUUCUUCUUCCUCGGUUGCUCGAUCGGCGGCAUCCACGAAUCGUAAGUGGAUUAUUCGCCUACCAAAUAUUCCGGAAUCGUUUGUUUGUUCCAUGCGGAUUGGCCGUUUAAACCUAGAUAUAAGCUAGGUUUAUUCGUCUUUCCAUCCAUGGAAAGGAAAGGACAUCACUGAUUCAAUUAUUGUGAUCGAUGGUGGGUGGUAUGGCGACAUCACCGAGUUAUUAUUUUUCGAAUAGUUGCAACAAUUGCCGGCGCCGAUAUUACGCCAGUAGACCCGCUGGAGCCGCGUCUUUUUGCCGGCGGCGCAGCUGUGUCAAAAUUUCCGGGGCAGAAUUCGAUUUUUUGUUCCAAAAGUGGAAGAAGAAAGGAUGGCUAGAAGUGGGAUGCCGCCGUUCGGGAAUUGCCGUUGCUCAGUUGUCCAGCUCCUUGUCAAUGGACAUCGGUCUAGAUUCUCAGAAAGCGGAUUCAUUCCAUUUGCCAUGGGUUGGGCCACUUCCUGGGGACAUUGCUGAAGUCGAGGCUUACUGUAGAAUAUUCAGGGCAGCAGAACAGUUUCAUAAUGCGUUAAUGGCUGCAUUGCACUAUCCAGUUACUGGGAAAUCUGGUGUUUCGAAUGGAAUGUCAUCAGAGGGUAAAAGGUUGCUAGAGGAGAAAAUAGUUUAUGUUCUUGGAUGCAUGGUUUGCCUUCUUGACAAGGGAAGGGAGGAUGUCCUUUCUGGACGAUCUUCCAUCAUGAAUUCAUUCCAAGACUUAAAUGCUACUACUAUCACGAAUGAUAACCUUCCGCCCCUUGCUACUUUCCAAUCUGAGAUGAAAAGUUAUUGUGAGACUUUACAUGUUGCCCUAGAGUCUUCUUUGACACCUGGUGAUGAACAGAGCUUAAAUGUUUGGAGGAAGUUGCAAAGGUUAAAAAAUGUAUGCUGUGAUUCUGGGUUCCCACGAGGGGAUGAUCAUCCUUGCCAUACACUGUUUGCUAACUGGGGUCCUAUUCUUUUGUCCUCCUCGAGAGGAGAGGGGGCACACUCAGAAAACAUGGAGAUUGCUUUUUGGAAGGGCGGACAGGUGACAGAAGAAGGUUUGAAGUGGCUUCUGGAGAAAGGAUUCAGAACUAUUGUAGAUCUGAGAUCAGAGUUUGUAAAAGAUAUUUUUUAUGAAACUGCUGUACACGAAGCUGUUUCUUCUGGGAAAAUUGAACUCAUUAAACUUCCAAUUGAAGCUGGUGAUGUACCUUCAUUGGAGCAAAUUGCUCAAUUUGCAGCUAUAGUGGCCGAUUCGAGUAAAAAGCCCAUCUAUGUACACAGCAAGGAAGGAAAACGGAGGACCUAUUCUAUGAUCUUUAGGUGGAGGCAGUAUGUAGAUCAGAUUGCAGCUACUGGAAAGCAAGCCAGUGCUACUGAUCUCAGAGCUCACGAUGUUCAAGAAGGUGAAGAUUCUGGUUUUACAAACAAGCCUUUUAGAUGUUCUGCAGGACCAUCUAAGAAUCGAGAUCCUCCAUCCACGACAUAUCAAUCUCAAAACACUGAAGGAGCUGAGAAUACCAAAGCAAGCAAUGAGGAAGGUGGAGUGAAAUCAACUAUUGACUUGUGGGAAGAUGUGAAACCACUGGAGUCUCAACUACCUCCUUCAGAUGUUUUAUCUAGAAAAGAAAUGUCAAGGUUUUUCACGAACAAAAGCUUUUCACCUCAAACAUUCUUUGGUUAUGGGCAGAAAAGAUUGGAUAUGUCAUCUGCUGAGGAAAAUGGAUCUCUCUCAAACAAAGAAGCUCACUCUGGAUUAGGUCCCAGUGAAGAGAAGAUUAUAAACAAAUUGGUGGAUGGCAAUGUUAAAUCAUCCUCAAGGGGUCAGAUCAAGGCUGUCACAAACUGUUCAUAUCCAGAUCCUAGUGUUCUCUUUAGUCCUGUUCCUCGUAUAGAUAAAGCCAGUGGUGGGGCGCUUGAAACGAGAUUGAAAAACAGUUCUACAGACACAAGGAAUGACCCAAAGGAGAGUGCCAUUUCUGUUAUGGUUACUGGGCAGAGUGAAAGUGAUGCUGAAAGCUACCUCUCUUCAGAUGAUGAAAGCUUGGAAAUGAUGGAAGGAGAUAUGUGUGCUUCAAAAACUGGCGUUGUACGAGUCCAGUCUAGAAAGAAAGCAGAGAUGUUCUUAGUUAGAACUGAUGGAUUUUCUUGCACUAGAGCAAAGGUAAGAGAAUCUUCCUUGGCAUUCAGUCAUCCCAGCACUCAGCAGCAGCUGCUUUUGUGGAAAACUACCCCAAGGACUGUGUUGUUAUUGAAGAAACUGGGCGAAGAGGUCAUGGAAGAAGCUAAACAGGUUGCUUCUUUCCUGUAUUUCCAUGAGAAGAUGAAUGUUCUUGUUGAACCAGAGGUUCAUGAUGUCUUUUCUAGGAUAUCAGGAUUUGGUUUUGUGCAGACAUUCUAUACUCAAGAUACAAGGCUUUCUUGCCUCCUUCCAUCCCAUUGCAAUUGCAGUGACCUUCAUCAGAGAGUUGAUCUUGUAGCUUGCUUGGGGGGAGAUGGGGUCAUACUUCAUGCAUCAAAGUUGUUUCGAGGUGCUGUUCCUCCUGUUGUUUCGUUUAAUCUUGGAUCCCUAGGGUUUCUCACCUCACAUACUUUUGAUGAUUAUAGGAAAGAUCUAAGACAAGUGAUUCAUGGGAACUACACCAUUGAUGGAAUUUAUGUUACUCUUAGAAUGCGUCUCCACUGUGAAAUAUUCAGAAAUGGGAAAGCAGUGCCUGGCAAGAUAUUUAGCGUCCUCAAUGAAGUUGUUGUUGAUCGUGGUUCUAACCCAUAUCUUUCAAAAAUAGAAUGUUAUGAUCAUGACCGCCUCAUAACAAAGGUACAAGGUGAUGGCGUCAUAAUUGCUACUCCCACUGGAAGCACUGCUUAUUCCACAGCCGCCGGUGGUUCAAUGGUACACCCAAAUGUUCCAUGUAUGUUGUUUACUCCAAUCUGUCCUCAUUCUCUAUCAUUCAGACCAGUCAUACUUCCAGAUUCUGCUCGGCUUGAAUUAAAGAUUCCAGAAAAUGCACGAAGCAAUGCGUGGGUGUCCUUCGAUGGGAAGAGAAGGCAGCAACUCUCGAGAGGAGAUUCUGUUCGGAUAUCCAUGAGCCAACAUCCGCUCCCAACAGUCAACAAGUCUGACCAAACAGGUGAUUGGUUUCGUAGUUUGAUUCGAUGCUUGAAUUGGAAUGAAAGACUUGAUCAGAAAGCCCUUUGAAUCCAGACUGUUAAUAAUACAACAUAAAACGAACACAUCUCUUUAUUAUUAUUUUUUUGUCCUAAUCAAUGCAAUCUAUACAGUUUACAUCCAAAAGGUUUACAUAGUUACUUCUAACAUAAGUUGUAUAUCUAUAAAUUAUAUCCUUCCUCUUUGAGAUUUGUUUAAUGGUGCAGAUAAGAUAAAAUCUUGUUUGGGCUA